AUGAGCCAUCAUUAUCAUCAUCAUCAUCAUCGCUGUGAUUACCCUCCACAGGAUUCUUGUCCACCAAUGUACACUAAUCAGCCUGGGUACCAGCCUGGACCUCAAGCAUAUUAUCCACAUGCAGCUCCCCAACCAGUGAUAGUCGAACAGCCAUAUUAUAACCGAAAUCACAGAGGAGGAGGUGGUGGAGGAGGAAUUGUAGCUGCGUUAUUAGCUGGGUUGUGCUGUGGUUGCUGUCUCGAAAACUGUUGUGAUGAUAUAUGCUGUUGUUGCUGCUAA